CUAUACACAAAUGAGCUGUGCAGAGAAGGGUGACACUAUAGAGAGGGAUGCAGAGAAGAUCCAGCCUCGUGCCACGAUGUCCCCGCACUGUAUAGAGAGCAUACUUGCUCGGAAGAGUCCCACCAAGUUUGACAAAAGAAGAAACAUCCCGGCAUUGACGUAUGGCACAGUACGGUGUGAUGAAAGCACACUGCUUGGCAGACAACUUCAGGACGUUUAUGGCCAGCCCUUGGGACAUUCAGAUGACCGCCAAGCGGAUUUGAGUGGAAUGAAUGAGGGACAGGCUCUGAACAAACUUUACGAGUGUCAGAGGUCCAUACGCCCCGAGUGUUACCCAGGCAACACCCAGGAGAACUCUGAACCGAUGCCACUUGCGCACGGGGCGCGCGAAAAAGCGCACGGGGACCCGACAUUAUCACCGGUCGCCGAGCGCGCAGAGCACAACGAUGAAGAACGGGAGGACUUUGUGUGCCCGUCAGCAGGCAGCGACAGCGAGGAGGGGAUGCAGAAACGUAAGCAGAGGAGAUACAGGACUACCUUUACGAAUUACCAACUAGAGGAGUUAGAGAGAGCUUUCCAAAAAACGCACUAUCCAGACGUGUUCACCAGGGAGGAACUAGCAAUGAGACUGGACCUCACAGAGUCACGUGUCCAGGUGUGGUUUCAAAACCGGCGAGCCAAGUGGAGGAAGCGGGAGAAGGCUGGUAUACAGCCCCUGUCUGUCAGCUUUCCCUUCCUGGGGCCGACGCCCUCCUUCAGCCCCUUGGGUCACUACCUGGGCCGGGCCCCUUUCUCUACCCAGCUUCUUCCCCUUUUGGACACCCCGUGGACUAACAGAAGCCAGUCUUUCCCUUUCUUCGGCCAGUCCCUGGCCAACUCCAUCUCAUCACUCAGCUUGGGUUCUCUCUCCGGGGUAGCCAUGGCCAGGCACCCCGCGCUCAUGGGCCCGUCGUUUGGUCGAAUGUUCUCCAUGGGUCUUCCCCGGCUCCCGGUGAGCACCGCCUUGAGAAGUCCGGUCCCCCCUCACGACAGCCUGUCCCUCUCUACCUCGCCCGUGCCCUCCUCCCCUGCGGAGCGCCGGGCCUCCAGCAUCGCGGCGUUGCGCCUCAAAGCCAAAGAGCACUCGGCACAGCUAAUGCACCAGAGCAACACGGAACCUUGCACAGGGAGACAGGAGCCAUGUUGAAUACGACUCACCAACCAGUGUCCAUUCCCUUCUGCCCUGGGAUACUUUUGUUGCAAGCAAAUGGUUUGAAAGUAACUUGAGAGAAAUGAUAAUACACUUUAGAAUAGAGCUGAUAAGGAGUAAUACAUGCCUAUGUUGAAGUGAUACGUGUCCAAUUACUGUCCGUAUAAGUGACAUAAGGCCGGUGUUAAGCAAAAUCAAGGGUCUACCAGGUCUGUGUUAUGAUUAUACACAGUAAAUGUU